AUGGAGCUCGAGCGGAGGCAGAGCGACACGUUGCGGAGGGCGAGGGACCUCGAGGCCCUGCUCGUGGAGGCGAGGCAGAGGGAGACGGAGCACAUCGCGCGGAUCUCGGAGCUCGAGGGCACCCUGCAGCAGGUGGCCAGGCUGCAGAAGCAGGCCUCGGCCGAGAAGCAGCAGAAGGAGCAGGACUUCAGGGACGAGAUCGCUCGCUUGCAGCAGGUGUCCUGCCAGGCGCAGGCGGGGGGCCCGGAGCAGGCGCCCAGGGACGCCGCCCUGACGGAGCUCCGGCGCAGAGAGCAGGAGCACCUGGACAAGAUCGGUGAUCUCAGCAAGCAGGUCAGCGAGCUGCAGAAGGCGCCCCUCAUCAUCCAGAGCCUCCUGACCGAGGCUGCCAAAAAGGACGAGGAGCGCAAGCAGGAGAUCAGCCGGCUGAAGGUCGCCCUGCUGCAGCACCCCGCCGUGGCGCAGGACCCCCCCGACUCGCGCAGCGAGUCUGACGGCCCAGCGCGCCAACGCGGCAGUGCCUCCUCGGCGGAGGCCCUGGAGGCGGAGGUCGAUCGGCUCAGGGGGCAGCUCAAGUCGCGGGACAGGGAGCUUCAGGACGUGAUGGCGAACUACGAGCGGUGCCGGCACGAGCUGGAGGCCCGGAGGCUCCGGAGCGCCGAGCGCCUCCUGAAGCGCGACGGCUCCAAGCGGCGCGCGGCCUCCCCGGAGCCCCUCGGCAGCCCGGUCAUGAACGAGUGGCGGCGGCAGCUGGCGCUCUUCAACCCGGCUGGGGUGAAGGGCGACCUGGCGCAGGCCCAGUUCCGCCGCCUCCUGGAGCUCGACCUGGAGGUGGCCGCCAGGGUCGAGCGCCGCCCCGAGCUGCUGGCCACCGUGCAGGCCGCGCGCGCGGCGAAGGCCGAGCAGCUCCGCAGGGAGGCGCAGUGCGCCGUCGUGGAGCGGAAGGCCACCGCCUCGCCCCCGCGGUGGGCGCCCGCCGACGGGGCCUCGCCGCCGCCCCCGGCCGACGGCGCGCUGCCCUCGCGGAGCGGCGCAGGGGGCCUCCGGACGCCGGGGCACGCGACACCGCAGAGCCCGGGGAGCCCGCUGGGGGGCAGCCCUGCGAGCCAGCGGCGCUGGGGCGCGGAGCAGGCCACGGACCAGCCCUUCGCCGUCGGCGCGUUCGCCCCCCCGCGCUUCGACUUCGGCCCGGUCGGCGACGUGCCGAUGCACGAGGCGCUGCGCUGGGCGUCCCCGGCGCCGUGCGCUGCGGGGCCAAGGGCGGGCGAAGCGCUGCAGCACGCGGCGCCUCAGCCGCGGCGCGGUGGCCUCCCCACAGGGAGGGCAGCGCGGAGAGAAGGAGCCUGGCGGCCCCCCCUGGCCAGUCGCACGUGA